AGCCAUGCAAAGCUUCUAUCCUUGUUCGACAAAUAUCUAUUUCAUGAACAGAUAACCAAAUGGCUGAAAGAAUUACUCACUGGGAGAACCUUCCAAGUGCGUAUCAAUUCCGUGCUAUCAGACACCUUUCCCGUACGUAGUGGAAUACCUCAAGGGGGAGUACUCUCUCCCACCCUAUUCAACAUCUAUACAGCAGACCUGAUUCCUAGAUUGGAAGAAAUCGGUGUUACCUGCAAACAAUAUGCAGACGAUCUAAAAAUCUACAAAGAAAUAGACACCCCUCAUGACAUUGAGUGGCAAAUCCCUAUUUCGACCGAAAGAUUAUAUCAUAUGCGAUUAGGAAAUUCCUCACUACCCCACGCUUACCAUAUUGGUGAAGCUGAAAUUGCUACAGUGAGAAGCAUCAAAGAUCUAGGUUUCCUCUAUGAUGAUAAACUUGACUUUUUGGCUCAUUACAAAGAGAUACAUAGGAAGGCAUUCAUUCGUACUUUUCACAUCUUCAAGGCUCUUACUACUUGUGAUACUAAAAUUCUACUAAUC